CGCUCGCCACGUGCACGCUCCCGGACGGGCAGGACAGCAGCAGCCCGACGCCGCUACCGAAAAUGAUGGAGUCCACAAUGCUGAUGUUGGCGAGCCUGCUGGCCGUGGCCAGCGCCCAGUCCGAGUAUUGCAGGUUCACUCCUAAGCACACACUGUGCCAGUUCCAGGGUACCGGACCGCACUGUGAUCAGCUGCAGGCCCGCGAGGUGUCUGCCCAGGAGGCCAGGUACAUCGUAGCUGAGCAUAACGAACUGCGGGCUAAGGUGGCCAGCGGGCGCGAGACACGCGGCAAGACCUUCGGCCAGCCGUCUGCCGCCAACAUGAACCAGCUGGAGUGGGACGACGAGCUGGCCAAAGUGGCCCAGCGUUUCGCCGACCAGUGCAUGUUCGGGCACGACUGCCUGGACUGCAGGCGCGUCGCGCGGUUCAAGGUGGGUCAAAACGUGUACAGCUCGUCCAGCACACGGCUGGACAACUCCCCCAACUGGCGUCAGGCGCUCUACGCCUGGUACGACGAGGUGGCGCGGUUCAACCCGCAGAACAUCGAACCGUUCGUGUUCUCCUCUCCCCUGGGCCACUACACGCAGCUGGUGUGGGCCAAGACCAGCCGCAUCGGCUGCGGCUACACGCUGUACAAAGAGGGGCCCUGGUGGACCAAGCUGUAUGUGUGCGACUACGGGUCGACUGGCAACUUCCAGGAUGGUCAGAUGUACGAGCGUGGCGCGCCCUGCAGCCGCUGUCCCAGCGGAACCAGCUGCUCCAAUCAGUACCACGGACUCUGCACCGGUUCGUCCAACAACAUUCGCGUGCAGAACAAGCCGGUUACGUCGUCCCCACCGGCCCAGGUGCCCGGCGUCGGCUCUCCCCCAGUGAACGCAAACGGCCAGCGCCUGUUCACCUGCGACCUGGACCACGACGGCUGCCGCGUCAAGUUCGUCGGCACCACGUGGAAGAUCAUCCACACCGACUCGCCGCAAGGUCGGAUCUUGGGCACGGCGGUCACCUCUGGGCGCACCUCGGAGCUGACCUUCCAGCAACUGGUGGUGCCGCCACGCGACGGUUCUCUGUGCCUUAAGUUCGCCUACCUCAAGUACGAGCUGGGCGGCGACGCCGGUGUCGAUCUGGUCAUCUCGCUGGAGCCGCUGGGCGGCGCCGGCCAGCGACUUGAGUACGUGGAGCACGACAGCGCGCGCGGCCAGAUGGUGCACCGCGCCGUCCAGCUGGACCACGUGAUGCAGCCGUUCCAGGUGCGCGCGAAGGCGUCGGUGCCGGCCUGGGCGUUCGGCCAGGCCACGGUGCUGGCGCUGGACGACCUGGAGCUGGUCGCUGGUCCGUGCAGCGGCAGCGGAGGCGGUGGCCACGACGGCUUCACUUACCGGGACUUCUUCUGAGGGGACUCCGGACGUGGGGGCCGUGCCGACUGAGCCACGUGAACUCCUCGUGGCGCGUGCACCUAAGUCGUGGCACGACCUCAGUCCGCAGCGGUCGGCGUCGGCGUUGGGGACGCGACGCUUUAGACAUUUUUUUCAAAAGACACGCAUUUAAGCGCAAGUACAUGUCCAAUACCCAGUCGGUGACUGGGUACGGACAGCUCAGGAAACCAGUUGUGAGGCUUUAGAUGUUUGAUUGACCUGUUUCGGUUUAGUUUUGUUGGCUGCGCGUCAUGAACGGCAUCAAAGAUGUACCCAGCUUUGAACGGUGCGCAGAAAAAUGCUGGACAUUGUUUUGUUUGACAUCAUCAUCAGUCAUCUUUCAUGUGGUUGGGCGGUUUUCUAUCCGUGCUGUUCCUUAUUAAUGCUUUGAAUCACAUACCUUGCUUUAAGCGUGGUGGCCUAUGAUCUACCUCAUAUCACACAGCCGUCCACAAUAUCCUCUUCAGGGCGCAGUUUGACCCUCUCAUUUCCUUCCUUCUUGUGAAGCGCACACUGUACUUGCUUACAGCGUCAUCAACACGGCGUCUAUUCGAAGCAUAAGGCUCCAUUUGGCUUGUGGCUCGUUGAGAUGUCAGACUUAAUAACGCGGACAAACUCGAACUUUCGAGAGAACAGCUCUUCAAGCCAUUGCGCCAGGAGCCAGCUGGCGCAAACCACAGACCCGCAGCCUUGUGGUUUGCCUUGGCACAUUACUUCAUCCGAUGUUACGCGUUUUGUAUAAUCUGGGUGGCAGGCGGUGCUGUUGUGAUGGCUGUUAGUAUUUAAGCAUAUUUUAACAUGGCGUCAAGCCAAGCUCCUGUACAUGCCUUUUACAGAGCGUCGCAGGGCGUGGAUUUGCAGUCCUCCCCCGCCGGUCGCUGGCGUUUGGCGCUCACGCGGUGUGUGUCUUUAAGCGGUCGGGCUGGAGGUGGGCGUCAUGACAGUGGUGUGAUGCUGGACCAUCGCCACAAUGCGGACGCAGCGGUGCUGCGGCGCGAUGGAGCUGGUUCUCAGAGUCGCGUGCUUCCUUACGGAGACUGGGGCAGGGUCCACGUGAGCUCCGGCGAGCCGGUGCCGCUGCAGGGCAGCUGUAAUACAUAUA